UCAACCGCGUUAAUUUGUUUUCUAUUUGUAAAAAAAAAGAAAAGUCCCAUUCCCGUUUAAUAAUGUUUUUGGGAAACCUCUGCAAGUAAUAGGAGGAGAUGUGAAACAGAAAGAAUAUGCCGUUGUUAUGUUCGGCCCAGACAUUCUGAGAUGUCAUUGGUUUUUUUUUUUUUCUUCAAAAACCUUAUAUAUCCCCUUCCCCCAUAACUUUCCCUUUUUAUUUCUUCCACAUGCACGCUUCUCCUCUCUCUUUCUCUCUCUUCUCUUUCAGGAACUUGGAGCUGGUCCUGACUCCUUGUGGUGGUUUUCGAUUUUUCUUGCAGGUGAAGUUAGGGGGCUAUAUUGUGAGACAUUUAAUAAGUUAAAUAGGAGGAGCUAGCACAAGAUUUUUUUUUUUUUUUGAGCUAUGGUUUCUGAUAAUCUCUCAGCUGGACUAUUACCUACCCUCAGAAUGGAUAGGGUUCGGACGAUUUUAACUCAUACAUACCCUUACCCGCAUGAACACUCACGUCAUGCCAUAAUUGCUGUAGUUGUGGGUUGUCUGUUCUUUAUCUCGUCAGAUAACAUGCAUACUUUGAUAGAAAAGUUGGAUAAUAAUAUCAAAUGGUGGUCCAUGUAUGCCUGUCUCCUUGGAUUCUUUUAUUUCUUUUCCUCUCCAUUUAUAGGGAAAACAAUCAAACCAAGUUAUUCAAAUUUCAGUAGAUGGUACAUAGCAUGGAUUUUAGUUGCAGCUGUGUAUCAUCUGCCUAGUUUUCAGUCAAUGGGAGUGGAUAUGAGGAUGAAUUUAUCUUUGUUUUUGUCAAUAUAUAUAUCUUCUAUUCUCUUUCUUCUUGUCUUCCACGUUAUCUUCCUUGGCCUGUGGUAUCUUGGUCUUAUUUCUCGUGUGGCUGGAAGGAGGCCAGAAAUCUUGACCAUUCUCCAGAAUUGUGCUGUUAUUAGUAUAGCCUGCUGUGUAUUCUAUAGUCAUUGUGGCAACCGUGCUAUGUUAAAGCAGAGACCUUUUGAACAAAAAAAUUCUAAUUGGUUUUCCUUUUGGAAGAAAGAAGAGAGAAACACUUGGCUUGCAAAAUUUCUUCGUAUGAAUGAGUUGAAAGACCAGGUCUGCUCAUCUUGGUUUGCUCCAGUUGGCUCUGCAAGUGAUUAUCCACUUUUGUCAAAGUGGGUUAUUUAUGGUGAGUUAGCUUGCAAUGGUUCAUGUCCUGGUUCCUCUGAUGAAAUUUCUCCCAUAUACUCUCUGUGGGCUACAUUUAUCGGCCUGUACAUUGCCAAUUAUGUAGUGGAAAGGUCAACAGGGUGGGCUCUUACUCACCCUUUGUCCGUUGAAGAAUAUGAGAAACUGAAAAAGAAUCAAAUGAAACCAGAUUUCUUGGAUAUGGUUCCUUGGUAUUCAGGAACAUCAGCUGACUUAUUCAAGACUGUUUUUGACCUCCUGGUAUCAGUAACUGUGUUUGUUGGCAGGUUUGACAUGCGCAUGAUGCAGGCUGCAAUGAGCAGGGUUCAUGAAGGAGCUAAACAAGAGGAUCUCUUUUAUGAUCAUUUGAGUGAAAAGGAAGAUCUAUGGUUUGAUUUCAUGGCUGAUACUGGUGACGGUGGAAACUCAUCGUAUGCUGUUGCUAGGCUGCUUGCUCAACCUUCCAUUCGGCUUGCUAGAGAUGAUUCUGUGCUUAUGCUGCCACGUGGGGAUCUGCUACUUAUUGGAGGAGAUCUUGCGUAUCCUAAUCCAUCAGCAUUCACAUACGAAAGGCGUCUCUUUUGUCCUUUUGAAUAUGCUCUUCAGCCUCCGUCUUGGUACAAACCAGAGUAUAUAGCUGUCAACAAGCCUGAGUUACCAGAAGGGGUAUCUGAACUCAAGGAAUACAAUGGACCUCAGUGUUUUCUCAUUCCUGGAAAUCAUGAUUGGUUUGAUGGACUUAAUACUUUUAUGAGAUAUAUAUGUCACAAGAGCUGGUUGGGUGGGUGGUUUAUGCCUCAGAAGAAGAGUUAUUUUGCUUUGCAGCUCCCAAAAAGAUGGUGGGUAUUUGGUUUUGAUUUAUCACUCCAUGCUGACAUUGAUGUGUACCAGUUCAAGUUCUUUUCUGAAUUAGUAAAGAACAAGGUUGGAGAAAAUGAUUCUGUGAUUAUUAUGACCCAUGAACCACACUGGCUUCUUGAUUGGUACUGGAAAGGUGUUUCUGGAGAGAAUGUCUCGCACCUGAUAUGUGAUUACUUAAAAGGAAGGUGUAAACUUCGAAUUGCCGGGGACCUACAUCAUUAUAUGCGUCAUUCAUCUAUUCCAUCUGAAGGUCCAGUUCAUGUGCAACAUCUUCUUGUUAAUGGGUGUGGAGGCGCAUUUUUACACCCCACUCAUGUGUUUAGUAAUUUUAACAAAUUUUAUGGGACAACAUACGAGUGUAAAGCCGCUUAUCCUUCUUUUGAUGAUUCAAGCAGGAUUGCAUUGGGAAAUAUCUUGAAGUUUCGGAAGAAGAAUUGGCAGUUUGAUUUCAUUGGUGGCAUUAUAUACUUUAUAUUGGUUUUCUCUAUGUUUCCACGGUGUAAGCUUGAUCACAUAUUGCAAGAUGAUUCAUUUUCUGGUCAUCUGAGGAGUUUCUUUGGCACGGUAUGGAAUGAUUUUGUAUACGUGCUGGAUCAUUCAUUUGUAUCAUUGGCUGGUGUGGUGCUGUUGCUAAUCACGGCAAUUGCAUUUGUCCCUUCGAAAUUAGCGCGGAAGAAGCGUGCAAUAAUUGGAAUCCUUCAUGUAUCUGCACAUCUAGCUGCGGCCCUUAUCCUUAUGCUGCUCUUGGAACUAGGUCUGGAAACAUGUAUCCAGCAUAAACUACUAGCAACUUCGGGUUAUCACCCUUUGUACCAGUGGUACCGAACAGUGGAAAGUGAGCAUUUUCCAGAUCCUACUGGUCUUCGAGCUAGAAUAGAGCAGUGGACAUUUGGCCUCUAUCCAGCAUGUAUCAAGUAUCUCAUGUCUGCAUUUGACGUUCCAGAGGUUAUGGCUGUCACUCGGAGCAAUAUUUGCCAGAAGGGAAUACAGUCGCUAUCCCGAGGAGGUGCUGUCAUAUAUUAUGCUUCCGUCUUCCUCUACUUCUGGGUUUUCUCAACCCCUGUGGUUUCAUUGGUGUUUGGAAGCUACUUAUAUAUAUGCAUUAACUGGCUUCACAUACACUUUGAUGAGGCCUUCUCUUCUCUUAGAAUUGCUAAUUACAAGUCAUUCACACGAUUCCACAUCAAUUGUGAUGGUGAUCUUGAAGUUUUCACUCUUGCAGUUGAUAAGGUUCCCAAGGAAUGGAAGUUAGAUCCUGAUUGGGAUGGGGAACCCAAACAACCACAACAGUUGAGCCAUCGGAGAAAAUAUCCUAGUAAGUGGAGUGCAUCUGCAGGCCAGCAGGAUCCAGUGAAUACUGUCAGGAUUGUUGACCAAUUUGUUAUUAGACAAACAGAGAAACCUGAUUCUGUAUCAAGUUACGGGUCAGUUAAUAGCUGAUCUUGAUUACAACAUCAUUGUAAUGCUUACAUUUAGGCUGCAAUGAGCAAAGGAAAGAAAGGUAGUUCUAUAUGAAACUGAUCUGCAUCUCAACUUGCUUCGU